AUGCCUCUCGAUACUUCGACCACAUAUCCUCUCACAAAGCUGCGCCUUGACGGCCGUCGCUGGAACGAGCUCCGCCUCCUCCAAGCCCAGAUUUCCACCAACCCCGCCAGCUCCGGCUCUUCAUACCUGUCGAUGGGCAACACGUCAAUUAUGUGCUCUGUCCACGGUCCGGCCGAAGGUCGCCGCGGUGAAGGAGGUGGUGGCGCAGGUAGCGGUAGCGCCGUCGUCGAGGUGGACGUCAACGUCGCCGGGUUCGCUGGCGUAGAUCGCAAGCGCAGGGCCGCCGGAAGUGACAAACAAUCGUCGCGCAUUGCUACAACCCUCCGCUCUGCUUUCCAGUCGCACCUACACACAUAUCUCUACCCCCACAGCACAAUCAGCAUCCACGUCUCCGUCCUCUCUGCCGAUGGCUCUCUGCUCGCCGCCGCAAUCAACGCCUGUACUCUGGCUCUCGUUGACGCCGGAAUUCCCAUGCCUGGUCUGCUCUGCGGCUGUACUGCCGGUAUGAGCGGUAGUGCCUCUACCCCCAGAGAUCCACGACACGACGAGCUGGACCCGCUGCUGGACCUUUCUCUGCCAGAAGAACAGGAGCUCCCGGUACUGACAAUUGGAACGACGACCGUUGUGCCUGUGGGCGAGAACCAUUUGGAUGAUGAUGACGAGGACACGAUGAAGGUUGCAGUGAUUAGCACAGAGUCUAAGGUCCACGCUACGUACAUGGAGACGAUGUUGGCAGUUGGAAUUGAUGGAUGCAGUCAGAUCCGCGAGUUGCUGGAAGGUGUUAUCAAAGGGUCGAACCGGGGGUGA